AUGGACACAACACGAGAUGGACACAAGGCCAGCAGACAGGAGGCUGUUGCAAUGGUCCAGGUUACAGAAAAGGUCUUGAAUGUCACUGACUCAGGCCUCACACUUAUUCAAGAGUUGAACCUCAGAAGCCACAGUCAAGAUGCCUCAGAGACGAAGUUAACUAGAGCCCUCUAUAAUAAACUCACCACUGAACCACAAGCAGUACAAGAAGAAAUUGUCAACAUACACAACACCUUCAGGAGAAAUGUAUUUCCACCAGCCAGGAACAUGUUGAAGAUGAUGUGGAGUCCAGAGGCUGCAGAAAAUGCUAGAAUUUUGGCAAGGUAUUGUGAUUUCGCACACAGUGACCCACUUGAGAGGAGACUUAAAAAUACUUUUUGUGGAGAAAACCUUCACUUGGAAUCUUACCCUAUCUCAUGGUCAAAUGUAAUUGAAAUCUGGUACAAUGAGUCUAGAUAUUUCACCUAUGGAGAAUGGACAUCCUCAGAUGACGACACAAGAACUGACCGUUACACUCAGGUUGUCUGGGCCUCUUCUUACCUCAUUGGCUGUGGGGUUGCAUCAUGUCGAAAAGAAAGAAUCCCUCAAUAUCUCUACAUUUGUCACUAUUGUCAUGAGGGAAAUGAUCCUGAUACAAUAAAUGAACCUUACAAGAAGGGCCCUUCAUGUGGAGACUGUCCAAGUCACUGUGACAAAAAACUAUGCACCAACCCCUGUCACUACUAUGAUGAAUAUAGGAACUGUAAGAAACAAGUAAAAAUUCUUGGAUGCAAUCACCCAUCAAUUCAACUAUUUUGCAAAGCUACCUGUCUGUGUAAAACUGAGAUAAAAUAA